AUGGAGGUUCCAGGAUCGGUCUGGGCUCAUCUUGGCCUUCUGGAGGCCUCGGUGGACCUCUGGACGCCUCGGUGGCCCGCCUCCAGGACCUCUGGAGACUUCCGGAAACUUCUGGAGACCUCCGCGGUUAGGAGUGACAUGAGCGAUCGUGGACGCUGCAAGAUCCUCGGCUCCACAUGCAGGCGCCGUCUUGGUGCUCGGGAUGAGUCUGGACGGUUCGACAGCGCAGGCAGAGCAAGAUUUCGGAGGAUCACCCGGAUCCUCGAGGGCCAGCACCCGACUCGGGCAGUCGUGUUGCUCUAG